AUGAUCGGUCGUCGUCGAAGCGGCGGACUUGCAGUUCGAUCAAUCGCAUCUCGUUCGAUUGCAGCACGUUCACCAACACUGACAGCGUCUCGUCGAGUCACUUCGUCUAGAGGACCAUUGCCAAGCUUAGCUGAGCCGCUGCCAUCGCCGUUGACAACUGGAAGACACUCAACACUCGGACAUUCUGGAUGUCCCGCAUUGACGAAAGCGACUUCUGCGAAUGUCUCACGCGUCCCUAUUGCGUCUCGUCCUUCUUCAACGUCUAGCAGACCGCCGUCCACAUCUUCCGUCCGGUCUGUCACAUCGCAACGCUCAACUUUCGUCGCCAACAAGACAAUCGCUGCACCUGCUCGAGUUAGGCCAGUGGGGCGAGCAUCCGUUCCUGUUAUUUCUCGUCAACCAUCACAAGUCGAUGUUCUCAAAGCAAAAGUCGCAGCGAUGGAAAAGGAUAUUGUGGAGAAGGACGAACGGUUGCAAAUGGCGAAGGAGACAGCGGAAAUGCAGAAGGAAAGCAUAGAAAUGUACAAAGAGCGGCUAGAAGUGAUGAGCACGAAAGUGGACGCGCUGAACGUGCAAGUGGACGUGCUGAAGACGGAGAGUAGUCAUCUGAAGGCAGAAGACGAACAGAAAGAGGUGCGAAUCGGAGAAUUGACGAGCCAGUUGAACGAGAAGGAGAGUAUCAUGCGAAAGCUGCACAACGAUGUCGUUGACUUGCGAGGCCAGAUUCGUGUAGUUGUUCGUGUGCGUCCGAUGCUUAGAUCUGAAGUCGAGACGAGUGUUUCCGCUAUCGAAUACCCGACAAUCAAUUCCAUCAUUGUUAAUCAAGGAUCGAAAUCGUCUGGAGCAAUGACGUUUGAAAAAGUGUUUACACCUAUCUUCACUCAAAGUCAAGUGUUCUGUGAAAUCGAGGAUUUCAUUCUGCGCAUCAAAGCAGCUAGAAGCGACGGAUGGCAAUUUCAGUUUUCGCUAUCUUUCCUGGAAAUCUACAACAACGAAGCCUAUGACCUUCUAAAUAAUCACAACGUUGUCAAAUUGCGUCUCGUCAAGGAAACCGUGUCCCUCGACGGAUUGUCCGAGCACCCACUCAAGAAACAGUCUGAUAUGGCUGUUCUACUAAGAACAGCAGACUCAAACAGGAAAACGGCCAGUACCAAAUGCAACGAGUACUCGUCUCGUUCUCAUGCCAUAUACAUGUGGAAAAUCAAGGCAGAGCAGAAAUCAACUGGUAUUUCGACCAACUCGGUGCUCAAACUGGUUGAUUUGGCUGGAUCGGAGCGCGCAAAGGAGUCGGGAGUUGUUGGACAACAAUUCAAAGAGAUGACCAACAUCAAUCAGUCCCUCUCCGUUCUUCAAAAGUGUGUCAGCAUGCAAAAGUCAAAAUCAUCACAUGUACCAUAUCGGGAUAGCAAGCUCACACAAGUUCUUAUGGAUUGUUUGGGGCGAGGAAACUCCAAAACAAUGGUGAUGGUCAAUAUCACUCCGUGCGAAGAACAAGCCACCGAGUCGAAGCGAAGCAUUGAGUUCGCUGCUAAGAUGCGGGACACUCACAUUGGAUCAGCAGUACAGCAACGCGAUCAAUAA